GUCAAGGGAGGGGGAGGGAUCCAGAGCUGAUCCCACGUGUGACGAUUGCAUUCCCGGCUCAGUAAUAUUCUCCUUAGCUGGGCUCUGUGUAGCGUUUGCUGUGACUGUGUGUGUUAGUUACUGGCUAUAGUUGGGUUAGCAAUGGAGGGAGAAGGGAGCCAAGCCACAUCUGGAAGCCCUAAUGAUUCACAACACGACCCGGGUAAAAUGUUUAUCGGUGGCCUCAGCUGGCAAACUUCACCAGACAGCCUUAGAGACUAUUUCAGUAAAUUCGGGGAAAUAAGAGAAUGUAUGGUGAUGAGAGAUCCCACAACAAAACGCUCCAGGGGAUUUGGCUUCGUUACGUUUGCGGACGCUGGCAGUGUAGAUAAAGUCUUAGCCCAGCCGCACCACGAAUUAGACUCAAAAACGAUUGACCCCAAAGUUGCCUUCCCUAGACGUGCUCAACCUAAGAUGGUCACAAGAACAAAGAAAAUAUUUGUAGGAGGAUUAUCAGCGAACACAGUAGUUGAAGAUGUGAAGCAGUAUUUCGAACAAUUUGGCAAGGUAGAGGAUGCCAUGCUAAUGUUUGAUAAGACUACUAACAGACACAGAGGAUUCGGCUUCGUAACCUUUGAGAACGAAGACGUGGUAGAGAAGGUCUGCGAGAUUCAUUUUCAUGAAAUCAAUAAUAAAAUGGUAGAAUGCAAGAAGGCACAGCCGAAGGAAGUGAUGUUUCCCCCCGGGACGCGAGGGCGAGCCAGAGGACUGCCCUACACCAUGGACGCCUUCAUGCUGGGCAUGGGCAUGCUGAGUUACCCAAACAUUGUAGCAACGUAUGGCCGGGGAUACACUGGCUUCGCCCCGAGCUACAGCUAUCAGUUCCCUGGGUUCCCGGCGACAGCGUACGGGCCAGUGGCGGCGGCGGCGGUGGCGGCGGCAGCGCGCGGCUCAGGUAGGGGCUCGCGCGGACGGGGCGGCUACACGGCAUACCCGCAGAACGCAGGGGCAGGGUACCCCGAUUACGGGUUCUAUUCCUCGCCCAGCGACCAGAGGGGCCCCGCCUUCUCCUUUGCGGACUACGGCUCGCUGGGGCCCCACCCCCCGCACCAGCUGCUGCACAGUGAGCAUGCGCACCACUCCUCCGCCUGCCACUCCCCUCUGCAGCAGACGCAGCCCCCGCCGCCGCCGCCGCAGCCACAGCAGCAGCACCUGCACAGCCCGGAUCAGUUUAAGACCCCAGGAGGUAACCCAGCGCGGCCUGGAGGCUUCCCCGGUGCCAGCAGCCCAGGGCCCGUGGCUGACCUGUACGGCCCCGGCAGCCAGGACUCUGGCGUGGGGAACUACAUAAGCGCUGCUAGCCCCCAGCCCGCCUCCGGCUUUGGCCACAGCAUUGCCAGUUUGUCAGGAGGCCCGGGGAAGACAGGACGGAGUUUCUAGUGAGUUCUGUGUACAGGUAAAAAAAAAAAUCGAAAAACAAAAACAAACGCAGUGAGAAAAACAAACAUGGCAACCACCACAGCAACAACAACAAACAUCAAGCACUACAUUGCGACCGACACGUGACGACGCAAGAACAGACUGUGGAGCUGGCACCUCCUGAGGAAGAACAAACAAAAGAAAAAUCACACACGACAACAAAAAUGCUAUACGAGCGAGAUAAAUUGUUGAAUCAUCUCAAGAAUGAGAAAUAAUGGUGGAUGAUAGAAGAUCUGCUGUACUAUAUCUAAACCUGGCAUUGGCAUCCUUUGUUACCCUUCUUUAGUCUCCUUUAUCUUAACAACAGUACUUUAGGAUUAUGGCUUUGUUUUUCCCUCUUUGUGUUUUCCUUUCAGAUUAGUUGAGUUUGUUGGUUUCCUUAUCGUCUUCUAUAUUAUAGUCUUUUAAGUAUUCAGUGUCAAAUUUAAUCUAAAGUUUUCAUUUGUUAGGAUUUAUUUUGAACAUUUGUAUGUGAACUGGCUCAUUUUUUUUCUUCUUCUCAUUUCUUUCUUUUAAGGUUAGAAUUGGUGCGUUGGGUGUUUAUUUUUCACUGUUAGUGUAAAUCCUCAACUUGUCAAAUCUUCAGGUGUCAUUUUGCACAUGCAAGAGCUGAUUGACAUGGAAAAGGGUUGAAAGGUGAGGAAAAUGUUUUUAAUCCAACCUUAAGAAAGUGAGUGUGUAACUAACAAAUAAAUCUUAGUAGCUCUGUU